AUGCCACGUGAGAGAGGAAAGAGAGGCGCCUUGCUCUCCUUCACGACACUCGUCCUCGGUGUCGUCUACUUCCUGUGGAAAGUCUCCAAUCAAGAGCGAGACAAGAAGUCCAAGAAGCACAGCGCCAAGUGGCGAGCGUACGAAGCCGAGCAGGCGAAGAAGGGGAAGAAGAAGCCGCCACGGAGAGAGCGCAAGCGAGGACCGCACUUCAUCCUCAAGCCACAAUACCAGUGA